AUGAUUGGUCCAGUCCUCUGUCAGCGCCGCAGUCACAGUGUGAAGUCAGGUAGUCCAACCGAGCUCUUUAAACGUGGCUCUUAUCAGCUGCUGAUAAGCCUCCUUCCCAAAGCCAGUUCUCAGAAACAUACGACAACACACCCACAGGACCACAUCCAACAGAGGCACAGCCCCCACCAACGGAGGCACAGCCAGGAGUCACAGUCCCCCCCAAUGGAGGCACAGACCCCCCCCCAGCGGAGUCACAGCCCACCCCAAGGGAGACACAGCCCCCCCAACGGAGGAACAGCCCCCCCAGCGGAGUCACAGCCCCCCCAAGGGAGUCACAGCCCCCCCCAGCGGAGUCACAGCCCCCCCAAGGGAGUCAAAGCCCCCCCGAUGGAGGCACAGACCCCCCCCCAGCGGAGUCACAGCCCACCCCAAGGGAGUCACAGCCCCCCCAAGGGAGUCACAGCCCCCCCCAGCGGAGUCACAGCCCCCCCAAGGGAGUCAAAACCCCCCGAUGGAGGCACAGACCCCCCCCCAGCGGAGUCACAGCCCACCCCAAGGGAGUCACAGCCCCCAACGGAGGAACAGCCCCCAGCGGAGUCACAGCCCCCAAGGAGUCACAGCCCCCAGCGGAGUCACAGCCCCCAAGGAGUCACAGCCCCAGCGGAGUCACAGCCCCAAGGAGUCAAAGCCUCCCGAUGGAGGCACAGACCCCAGCGGAGUCACAGCCCACCCCAAGGAGACACAGCCCCCAACGGAGGAACAGCCCCCAGCGGAGUCACAGCCCCCAAGGGAGUCACAGCCCCCAAGGGAGACACAGUCCCCCCGACAGAGGCACCGCACCCCCACGGGAGUCACAGCCCCCCCCAGCGGAGUCAAAGCCCCCCCGAUGGAGGCACAGACCCCCCCCCAGCGGAGUCACAGCCCACCCCAAGGGAGACACAGCCCCCUCAACGGAGUCACAGCCCCCCCCAAGGGAGGCACAGUCCCCCCCCAGCGGAGUCACAGUCAGGAGUCACAGUCCCCCCCAAGGGAGACACAGCCCCCAACGGAGACACAGCCCCCAGAGGAGUCACAGCCCCCCCCAAUGGAGGCACAACCAGGAGGCACAGCCCCCCCCAAUGGAGGCACAACCAGGAGGCACAGCCCCCCCCAAGGGAGACACAGUCCCCCCGACAGAGGCACAGCCCCCCCAAGGGAGUCGCAGCCCCCAGAGGAGUCACAGCCCCUCCGACGGAGGCACAGCCCCCCCCCAAUGGAGGCACAGCCAGGACACAUCAGCAGUGGUGGUUCAGGAUGAGGUGUCCAAACGGCCGCACCAGAGAUCCUGACAGAACAGGAUGA